AUGCCCGGUCCGAACCCUGACCAGCUGCGAAACCUGUCCAGACGCCUUAUAAGGAUUCUAUGUGGCCGACGUCUUCCGCAGACAUGGAAUACUGUAUUGGUGUUGCUAUCGAUUCAUAUGUACCUAACAGUUCCUGUUAUUUUAGCGGCUGGGAUUAAUGAGAAUCGGAUAGGUCUGCUCCGCCCAUUCCGAGAAAUCCAGCAACGAGGCAUUCUUCUUGGUGAAAUUGAUGAUGAUCUACUCGAUUUGUUCUAUGAGAGAUGUGAUGCCGAGAGGAUGAGUUAUCAUCCAUAA